AAGUGUAAUACAUGCCUCUGGGGAGUUCACUGGUGCGCAGUUACCAGCUUUUGGGGCGUGGUGUAGUUGCGAAUCAUAAAACAAAAUAUGUUCCUUUAGGUUUUUUCAUUGACAAGAAAACACCGAACCACUGCCUCUACUUUCUGUGUAGUCCGAUCGGCGAUCGCUGAAAAAGACACUUCCGAAUCAAAUUGACUAGGUGGCAUCCUGGCCUGGAAUUGAGAUUUUCAGGCAAAAUAUUUGCAACAUCAUGGCAACUGUAAAGGACAAACUGAUCCAGGAAGUUAAUCCUGGAGCGCCUACGGUGGCCAGGUCAAAGGUCACUAUUGUAGGUGUGGGACAGGUGGGGAUGGCCUGUGCGAUCAGCAUACUUCAGGCAAAUAUAGCUGAUGAUGUUACUUUGAUUGAUGUGAUGGAAGACAAACUGAAGGGUGAAGUUAUGGAUUUGCAACAUGGCAGCCUCUUUCUUAAGACUACUAUCACAGCUGCUAAAGACUAUUCAGAUACAGCAAAUUCCAAGUUGUGCAUCAUCACGGCUGGCGUUCGUCAAAAGGAAGGGGAGAGUCGCCUGAACCUGGUGCAGAGGAAUGUUGAAGUGUUUAAGCACAUCAUCCCUAACCUGGCCAAGUACAGCCCAGAUGCCAUCCUCCUUGUUGUUUCCAAUCCAGUGGAUAUCCUGACCUACGUGGCUUGGAAGCUGAGUGGAUUCCCCAGCCACCGCGUCCUGGGUAGCGGCACCAAUCUGGACUCUGCCAGGUUCCGCUUCCUGAUUGGGGAGAAACUGAAGAUCAACUCCACCAGCGUCCAUGGCUACAUCAUCGGGGAACAUGGGGACUCGAGUGUCCCUGUCUGGAGUGGAACCAAUGUGGCUGGAGUCAGUCUCCAGUCUCUGAACCCUAACCUGGAUACAGGGAAGGACCCUGAAGAAUGGAAAAACAUUCACAAGCAAGUCGUGGAAAGUGCUUAUGAAGUGAUCAAGUUGAAGGGAUACACCUCUUGGGCCAUUGGGCUGAGUGUGUCUAGUCUUGCCCAGUCAAUCUUGAAGAACCUCCGGAUUGUCCACCCAGUAUCCUACCUCAUCAAGGGCAUGCAUGGAAUUAAAGAAGACGUUUUCUUGAGUCUGCCCUGUGUGCUGGGUUCGUCUGGGGUCUGUGGUGUCUUGAAACAGCCACUGAAAGAAAGUGAGACCACCCGCCUGAAGAAAAGCAGCGAAACCCUCUGGGCUGUCCAGAAAGAGCUCAAAUUGUGAACGAA